AUGGCUAGCACUAGUAAAGAUCGUGGAAUUUGGUUAAUUGGGGGGACACUUGAAUCCAUCACCGGCAGUAAACUUCCGUCUAAUAAACAAAUGCUUCACCGGUUUUUUCAUUUGCACAAAUACGAAAAAAAAACUAUUCAAUCUAGUGCUACAAUUACAGCGAGAGAAGUUAGUGCUUUUUGGGAAAAAGCUAAAAUUCCCACUCAAAAAGAAUGCCACGUUAUUGAAAAAAUAAAAAAAAUACACUGUAAGUGGCAGAGUAUUAAAAAAAGUGCUUCACGACGAACAUCAAAACAAUUAGAAGCGGAAUCUGUUUUCGUCAGUGACUUUGACAAUUUAUUUGAUAUUGCUCAUAAAGAUGCUUUGACUCUUAUAUCUAUAAAAGAAGACAAAGAGUUUCUUCUUGCUCAGAGAGAGAAAGGAAGACGUGGAAGCAUGGGUCCAAUUGAUACGAAACUUUCAAAAAAAGAAGAGCGAACCAAACAGCGACAGCUUCAAAAUGAGUUGAAAAUAAAAAAAGAGACUGAACGUUUAAAAAAAGACGAACAAAUGUCAAAUGUUCAUGAUAAUAAUAUUGAUUGUGAUGAUUCUCAAUGCAGCAGUAGUGAUAAUGAUGAGUUGUAUGUACCCUCCAGCAAGAGGUUAAAAAAAAAUAAUAGUCCCACGAAGGUCAAUACUUUAUUUAAUUCAACUAUUGUAACUUCUAGAGUAGCGUCUGCUCUAGAUAGAACGAAAGUAAGUGAUCGAAAUGCAAUGUAUGUUUUAUCAGCUACAGUACAAUCAUUAGGGCAUAAUAUACACAAUUUCACCCUUAAUCGAGAGUCAAUAAGACAAGCUCGUCGAGAAUAUCGAGAAAAAAUUGCUGAUGAAAUAAAAACUUCAUUUGUUACGACUAUUCCAUUGACAGUCCAUUGGGACGGAAAAUUACUUCCAGAUUUAACUUCAAAAGAUAAAGUUGAUCGCCUAGCAGUUAUAGUAUCAGGGGAUGGUAUUAUGAAAUUACUUGGUGUGCCGAAAAUUCCAAAUGGAACUGGGGAAGCCCAAGCAACUGCAGUGUUUGAGUUACUUGAAGAAUGGAAUUUAAUUGAACGCAUUAAUUUUAUGUCCUUUGAUACAACAGCAAGUAACAGUGGAAUAAAGGCCGGUGCGUGUGUACUUCUUGAAAAAAAAAUGAAAAGAGACCUCCUCAGUUUAGCAUGUCGACACCACAUACUGGAACUUAUUAUUGAGAGUGUGUUUAAUGCGGUAAUGGGAGCUUCAAGUGGUCCUAAUAUCAAAAUAUUUCAACGAUUUGCAGAAAAGUGGAACGAAAUUGACGUAGACAAAUACGAAAGUGGAAUAAUUGAAGAUACUGUGGCUAGUAAAUUAAAUCCACAAAAAUAUGUUCUUGUCAAGUUAAUCAAUGACCAGUUAGCGACAUUUCAGCCUAGAGAUGACUACAAGGAAUUGCUGCAACUUUCCCUAAUAUUCCUAGGAGAUAAAACUGCUAAAGAUUUUAAGAUUCGUAGACCUGGCGCUUUACAUCGAGCUAGAUGGAUGGCAAAGUUAAUUCAUAGCUUGAAAAUUUUCUUAUUUCGAUCGCAGUUCAAACUAACUGCUAGAGAAUUAUCUGCACUUGAGGCCUUCAACGUUUUUGUCAUACAAGUUUAUAUUAAGUACUGGUAUACUGCAUCUAGUGGAGAACUAGCUCCUUAUAACGAUCUUAAUCUUUUAAAGGAACUCGAUAACUAUAAAAAAUUAAAUAUAGUUAUAGGCAACGCGGCUGCCAAAAGCUUCUCAAGACAUUUAUGGUACUUAAGUGAGACACUUAUUGGAUUAGCCUUUUUUGACAGCAAAGUUUCUUCUGAGAUGAAAGUUAAUAUGGUUGAAUCAUUAGUGAAAAAAGGAGCUGACUUUCCUUUACGGCGUAUUACAGUUGAGACGACUGCAGUUCAAACAGUGAUUUUGUUUCUAAAAAUAGCCUCAUAUUAUUUACAGCCUUGGACAUUCCCCAAGAUUUCCUAA